AUGAAGGUUGAAAACGUUACUGAUAAAUAUCAUUGUCAGUUUUUGUGUCUGCACGAGCGAAGAUGUUCUUCGGUAAAUUUCAAGAUAAAAAAAGAUGAUAAUAGGCUGCAUCGUUGUAAGCUUUUCACAUCAGCUGCAAACGGAAACAUUCUUCCUUGUAAAGAAUAUGAUUUUUAUGAAAAUAUUAUUGCAUGUGCAAGUCCAAUGGGUAUGGAAAACCGAAAAAUAAACGACAGUCAAAUCACAGCUUCCUCGACAUAUGUAAGGCAGGAUGCAAAGCCGAUACACGGCCCGUGGUAUGGUCGCCUUAACAGAAAAGCUGACCAGCAGGGUAUUGGUGGAUGGGCAGCAGGUAGAAAAACUGAUGGGGAGUACAUUCAGGUUGAUCUUGGCGUGACUAACGUCAUCACUAUGGUGUCAACACAAGGGAGGAGCUCAUGUAGUUGUUUUCAGUGGGUUACCAGCUAUUCGUUGGCUUACAGUGAUGAUGGUACGAGCUGGAAACCCUACGAAGGGGACUGCACAAAGAUUUUUCCAGGUAACACUGACAAAAACACUGUUGUGACGAACAAGCUUGAAAUACCAAUCAAAGCCAGAUAUAUUCGACUUAUUGUGAAAGGGUUUAAUGGGCAUCCUACAAUGAGAAUGGAGCUUUAUGGUUGUAUGGAAUUAUCCCCUUAAAAAAUAAUAUCACAACAUAUUAUAAGUCCUGUAUAUCUACUCAUAGAGCCGACCUUCCUUGUAUACUCAAUGCUAUCCGCCAUGACACCGCUUUGUGAACAGUAAGGUUAGGUCCUGGAACCUAAAGCUCAUGUAUGAUCUAACAAUCGUGUAAUAUACAUAGUCGUCGUCAAGGAUACACCAACUGCUUUCAUAAGUAUAUUCUGMGGAUAAACUAAAUAAAU